AUUCCUAUCUCUUCUUCUUCAUUCAUCUUCACCACCGUUACUUACACAACGUAAUUUAUCUUUCUCUUUUCUUUGUUACCUUCACUUUUCUUUGUUACCUUCACAAGAUCUUCACUUAGUGAAGGAAGUUAAGAAAAAGGAAAAAUGGUGAAGAUUUGUUGCAUUGGAGCUGGAUAUGUUGGUGGUCCCACAAUGGCUGUGAUUGCCUUAAAGUGUCCUGAUAUUCAAGUAACCGUGGUCGAUAUUUCAUCGCAGCGAAUCAACGGUUGGAACAGCGACCACCUACCAAUCUACGAGCCGGGUCUUGACGAAGUGGUGAAGAAAUGCAGGGGAAAAAACCUUUUCUUCAGCAUUGAAGUGGAGAAACAUGUAGCAGAGGCUGAUAUAGUCUUUGUUUCUGUCAACACACCGACAAAAACUCAUGGUCUUGGAGCUGGCAAAGCAGCUGAUUUAACUUACUGGGAGAGUGCAGCUCGGAUGAUCGCCGAUGUUUCUAAAUCGGACAAAAUUGUGGUUGAAAAAUCAACUGUACCUGUUAAAACUGCUGAAGCAAUUGAGAGGAUUUUGACUCAUAAUAGGAAAGGCACCAAUUUCACUAUUUUGUCAAACCCUGAAUUUCUUGCUGAGGGUACGGCAAUUAAAGACCUUUUCAACCCAGAUCGAGUCCUUAUCGGAGGUAGGGAGACACCAGCAGGACAAAAGGCCAUAAAAACAUUGAGAGAUGUUUAUGCUAAUUGGGUCCCUACGGAGAAAAUCAUUUGCACCAAUUUGUGGUCUGCUGAACUCUCUAAGCUUGCUGCUAAUGCCUUUUUGGCACAGAGAAUCUCUUCUGUGAAUGCAAUGUCAGCACUAUGUGAAGCAACAGGUGCUGAUGUCUCAGAGGUAUCACACUCAAUUGGAACAGACUCGAGGAUUGGUCCUAAGUUCUUGAAUGCCAGUGUUGGUUUUGGUGGCUCUUGCUUUCAGAAGGAUAUAUUAAACUUGGUCUAUAUUUGUGAGUGUAAUGGACUUCCUGAGGUAGCAAAUUAUUGGAAGCAGGUGAUUAAGGUGAACGACUAUCAGAAAAGUCGGUUUGUGAACCGAGUUGUUUCGUCAAUGUUCAACACAGUUUCAACUAAGAAGAUUGCUAUUCUUGGUUUUGCUUUCAAGAAGGACACAGGCGAUACAAGGGAAACACCGGCUAUCGAUGUGUGCAAGGGUUUAUUGGGAGAUAAGGCAAGGUUGAGCAUAUAUGAUCCACAAGUUACCGAAGAUCAGAUCACAAAGGAUCUGUCGAUGAGGAAGUUUGAUAAGGACCACCCUGCUCAUCUUCAACCGCCGAGCCCUACUUCCAUAAAGCAAGUGUCUGUGGUUUGGGAUGCUUAUGAGGCGGUGAAAGAUGCACAUGGUGUUUGCAUUAUGACUGAGUGGGAUGAAUUUAAGAAACUUGAUUACCAAAAAGUUUAUGACAGUAUGCAGAAGCCAGCAUUUGUAUUUGAUGGUAGGAAUGUUGUGGAUGUUGGCGUGCUCAGGAAAAUUGGAUUUAUAGUUUAUUCAAUUGGUAAGCCACUAGAUCCAUGGCUCAAGGAUAUGCCUGCAGUGGCAUAAAUGGAAUAACAUCAUAUUGAGCUGAGACAAUGCCUCCCCUAUUCUUUCUUAUUCUUAUAAUUAAUUCUUUUCAUUAGUUCUGUUUUGUCAGAUCUUUGGAAUAUUAGUUCUAAAUUUUGUUUCUUAAGCUACCUAAAAUCCCAAUUUGUUGACAUGCAAUUUUAUGUAAUAAAUUAAACAUUACUAUAAAGGAUUUUGUUGGCAAAAAAAAAUAAAAUAUUGCUUCAUA